UUCCCAUACCAUACCAUUCUAAUUAAUUACUAUUACGAGACUACGAGGACUACGGUUGUCUGGAAGGUACCUCGGAGACAAAGACUCGCUGAACUCCGCUCGCCGAUAACUGACGCUAAAAUAAAAAUAUAAUUAUCCUCUACCGACGUCAACACUCGAUCCUCCAUAUAUUCUGAUUGAAACAGCCCACCUUCUUGCGUUCACCAAUUCCUCCACUACUUCGACUACCUUCUCACGGACUUCCCGUCCUCUUACUACCGCUACAUCACUCACAUAUCUGGGAAUUGUGCUGCGAAAGCAAAAACAUCAUUCACCAUGACUCUCGCCGAGCACCCCAUUGAGACCCCGCCUCGCGCACCAUCGCCGGUUCACAGAUUCGGAACUUUGGCAGUCCAUGCCGGCAGCCCUCACGAUCCCGUCACUGGCGCUGUCAUUGAGCCUAUCUCGCUCUCCACUACCUUCGCUCAGACCAGCGUCGGAAAGCCCGUUGGCGUAUACGAGUACUCGCGUUCUUCCAACCCCAACAGAGAUAACUUCGAGCGCGCAAUUGCUGCUCUCGAGCACGCCAGAUUCGCCCUUGCUUUCAGUUCCGGCUCCGCAACCACCGCAAAUAUUCUCCAGUCUCUCGCCGCAGGAUCACACGUCGUCUCUGUAUCAGAUGUCUAUGGAGGAACCCACCGUUACUUCACCAAGGUUGCUGCUUCUCACAAUGUCAAGGUCACCUUCACUCCCACCAUUGAGAUCGACAUCUCAGAGCUCAUCCGCCCCGAGACCAAAUUGAUCUGGAUCGAGUCUCCUUCCAACCCAACUCUCUCCCUGGUCGACAUCCGAAAGGUUGCCAGCAUCGCUCACCAGCAUGGAAUCCUCGUCGUGGUCGACAACACCUUCCUCUCUCCCUAUGUCCAGAACCCGCUCGACCAUGGCGCAGACAUCGUCGUUCACUCCGUGACCAAGUACAUCAACGGCCACUCCGAUGUUGUCAUGGGAGCCGCAGCAUACAACUCUGAGAGCCUCCACGAGCGUCUCACCUUCCUCCAGAACGCCAUUGGUGCCGUGCCAUCAGCAUUCGACAGCUGGCUCGCCCACCGCGGUCUCAAGACCCUCCACCUCCGCGCCCGCGAGGCCACCAAGAACGCAACCUCCAUUGCCGAGGCCCUCGAGAACUCCCCCCACGUCAUCGCCGUCAACUACCCAGGCCUCCCCUCCUCGCCAUUCUACCACAUCGCCCAGAAGCAGCACCGCAACGGCAUGGGCGGCGGCAUGCUCUCCUUCCGCAUCCGCGGUGGCCACGAAGCCGCCGAGCGCUUCUGCCAGGAGACCAAGAUCUUCACGCUCGCCGAGUCCCUCGGUGGCGUUGAAUCCCUCGUCGAGGUCCCCGGCGCCAUGACCCACGCCGGCAUCCCCCGCGAGCAGCGCGAGAUCGCAGGCGUGUUCGACGACCUCGUCCGCGUCAGCUGCGGUAUCGAGGACGAGGAGGACCUCAAGGCGGACGUCCUCCAGGCCCUCGAGAAGGCCGUCGUCGGUCCCAAGGUCAGCAAGAACGGCGCCCUCGCCGCCAACGGAAACGGCCUUUCUUGAGAUCCGUCCGUUUGACUGCAUCUUAUUCUUCUUUAUUCUUCUUUGAUUUUUCACGAAUGCAUGAUGGAGCAGCAGCAGCCGCUGCAGCUUACACUUUCUAAAACACGCAUACAUACAAAGCAGGGCACAAAAAAGGGAGUCUUAUU